AUGAUCUCCCUCAUCGCUCGGCAUUCUAGAGCGGUUCUGAAAUUAUGGCUAUCAGCAAUAGCACUACAACUGUUUUAUUUCCAGUAUUUCAGAAACAAUGGAGGAAAUUCAUUUUGCUUCGAAGACGCGCAGAAAACUUCGCAUCAAGUCGAAAGUUUUCAAGAAAGCUGGUGUAGAAUUCACCAAGCGCGAGUUCAUUUGGACUCAAUUCUUAAACCAUGUUUCCACAAUAUUUCAUGGAAUGGGCCGUCACCUAAUCGCGAACUUCAGACGGAUGCCACCAAGAGUUUGAUUUCGUUUUUUGACAUCAGGCCUGCGGGUCAGUUCAGUCGUUUCAGCAUUCAAACAAAGACUCGGAAUGGCAAGUUGAAGCACAUUGGCGGCGACUCGUGGCGCGUGUUGCUUCUCGGUCCGGCCACCGUGUCACCUACAAUGUUUGAUCACGGAAAUGGAACAUACGAGUUCUUGUUUCUUGUUAUGGACCCAGGGGUCUAUAAGUUGGAUAUCACUCUGGACUAUAGCUUAUGCGACGGAUAUCGAGAACCCCCGAAAAACUGGUUUAUAGUUGGGAAUUCGCAUGGUAAAUUACAGAAAGAAGGCAUGCUUGGAAAGAACCGAGCCAGAGAUGAUUACCUUCUUCAACGCUUUCAAGAUGGAAAGCUUAUUAUGAUCAACAUUCCGUUACCUACAGCUGGAGGAACCUAUUUAAUAAACAGACUAAACAGGCAAUCAAAAAUGAAUUCACGGAGGGUAAGUUUCCUCCCAGACUUUGACUUGAACUGUGGAGUGAAGUGUAACUUCAUGUGGGACGGGUUUGGGAGGUGGCUUGGAAAAAAUUGGAGACCUUACCUCACAGAUAUUUCUAACCACUCCCGAUUCAAAAGUACGUCUCCUCGUAAACUAGGGACAUUGUGGCUUUUCGGUGACUCAAAUGCUGAGAGAUUAUACGUAUCAUUGAAGGAUGGGCCGCUGUGCAAUGAAGUUUUCAAAAUUUGUAAUUUAAGUAAAAUGUGGGUGUACCCGUGGCCGAGCAUACAGCCAGUAGCCUGGGACGACAAGGAUUUUGAACCCCAGCAAAUCUUAGAUCACAUCCGAGGAGUCCUGGAACGACCUGAGAUGAAUGAAAACAGCGCAAUGAUUCUGAAUUUGGGUCUGCAUUACAUGGAAAGCACAAGCUUAGCCAACUAUCGGAUUCUACUGAAAGGAGUGAUAGAUCUUUUAAACGAAAGGAACAAGGGAAAUGGUGAAUUAAGGUACAAGACUCGCGUUAUUUGGAAAACCACAACUUCUAUGAAUAAGGAGAAAGACAUUGAAAGCCGACUAAAGAGUGACUGGCAGCGAUUUCUGAACCCUACGAGAGUGAUACUAUACAAUACCUUUGCCACUUCCCUUAUGUGCCAGGCUAACCUCGAGGUCCUCGAUGUUUACCCAUUUACCAGGUCCUACCCAGAAGGGACCGGAGGACCCGAGGUAGCACAUUACAAGGAACACGAUACCGUUCAUUUUAAGUACAUUGCCAUGAAGCCAAUUGAUAUCUUUUUGGAAGAUUACUUUCGAGGCAAAGUAUCGCGUUCGAUAAAUUUAACGAAUUACGAAUUUUCUUGA